AUGGCGACCAAUGCAUUUCAACCAGCCGUUGGUGGUACUUCUCGAGGUGAAUCAAAUCUUAGUGGCAUGUCGAAACAGUAUUCGGCACGGGAUAUGCCAGCAAAUAAAACAUUAAAAUAUCGUGAAAAAGGUCAACAUACACAAGAAGAAUUACGAACAAAAGAUCGUGAAGGUAUACGUCGAGAACUUGAAGAACGUGAACGAAACGUUCGUGAUAAACAACCAUCACAACGAUCUUCAUCUGAUACAAAACGUAUUACAUCUGGUGGAACAACAAGUAGUCGAUCUAAACCUUCAAUAACUCAUACGGAAACAAAUAUUGAUGCUGAUGAUCCUCUUGAUGAGUCAUCAUCAGAUGAAGAAACAACAUCACAUCAUCAAUCAAAAUUUAAUAAGAAUCCACAACCAAAUCGUUUUGCAAGCAAUGAAAAUGAUGAUGAUGAUGAUGAAGACGAUGAUGAUGAAGAUGAUACAGCUGAACUUAUGGCUGAAUUAGCUCGUAUAAAAAAAGAACGUGCCGUUGAAGCAGCACGACUUGAACAACAAAAACGUUUAGAAGAAGAAAAAAUUCGUACAGAAAAUAUUCUCAAAGGUAAUCCAUUAUUAAAUCCUGCAUCAAAAUCUUCAACACAACCUUUAAAUGCUGAAUUUCGUGUUAAACGUCGUUGGGAUGAUGAUGUUGUUUUUAAAAAUUGUGCUAAAGCUGAUGGUUCUUCAGGUGAAAAACGUGUUGCACAAUUUGUUAAUGAUAGUUUACGUAGUGAUUUUCAUCGACGUUUUAUGGAUAAAUAUAUUAAAUAA